AUGCCAGUGCAGUCGUCGCCCUAUUCCGGGAAUGUUAUUACCACUGAACUUAUACAAAAGUAUCUGGACGAGAAUAAGCAGCUGAUCCUUGCGAUCCUCGACAAUCAAAAUUUGGGAAAACUUAAUGAAUGCGCACAAUACCAGGCUAGGCUUCAGCAGAAUCUUAUGUAUCUAGCUGCGAUCGCUGAUGCGCAGCCUCAAGUUCCUCCUCCUCAGGCUCCAACGGUUCAGCCAGGUCAGGCGUACACACAGCCUUCGGCAGCGGCGCAGCCUGUCCCAGCAGCUCAAGUUCCAGGCCAGCAGAUGGCCCCGCAGCAGACAGUCUCUGCCCCCCAGGACCAACAGCAGGCGUACUCGCAGGGCCAGCAGAUGAUGCAGCAGCAGAUGGCCCCAGCUGCAUCUCAGCCGGUUGUCCCCAGCGCUGUGAGCGGCGCUGGCAGUGAAGCCUCUGCAGGAGGAAACGGUGCCCCCGUUGGCAGCUUUGGCGACUAUGGGCAGGCACAGGUUGCUCAGCCACAGGCACCUACAGCACAACCAGCAGACACGAAUAUGGCCAUGCCAAUUGUGUGUGUCACCUACCGCGCCCUGGUCGUGUUCCCCGUAUCCAACAUCGCAUUGCAAUUACUGACCGAGAGAAUGAGGCCGGUCGUACUCCUACUGUUGCUGCACGCAUGCCUACUAUCUUCGCAUCGCCUCGCUGCUGCGCGCAUCUCGCCUCCCGCCGAAGAGGACGCCGCCGCUAGCAGCCGUCGCGAGCUGCAAGCGUCGUGCCCCGCGGGCGUGGUGUGUCCGGCGGGCGCGACGUGCGCGGUGGACGGCAGCGGCUACCCCUUCUGCAAGUGCGCGGCGGGGCAGGCCAUCAUCAACGGCGCGUGCGCGCCGGCCGCCAGCUGGGCGGAGGUCGGCACCAACGUGGUGCUCUACAACAAGGGCAAUUACGUCAACUCGCCCUCCACCCUCGCGCCCGCCGUGCUGCGCGGCGCGGCGCCGAACACGAGCGCGUGCGUGAACCUGUCGGGCGCGUUCAACGGCACGAUAGGGUCGCUGCGCAUCAUGUGGAACGUGAACGACGGCGUGGCGGACCACCUGGUGUGCGGCAAGCUCUUCUUCUGGGACAAACCCAACUGCUGCUGCUCCGGCUCGGGCUACCAGAUCCCCGGCGGGUGGACCGCCGUCAACCCCAACACCUUCACCUACGCCACCACCUCCGUCAAGUCGACGAGCGGCAUCAUCGCAACGGCUAGGUCCAUCUCGUGCCAGGCCGCCAUCGCCACCAACACGUACCCCUGCGCCACCAAGACCUGCCCCGCCAACGCCGCAUGCUCCGUCAUCAACGGUGCCGCCGUGUGCACGUGCAACGCUGGAUACAGCAUGGUCGGCGGGCAAUGCGUUGCAACAACGACCAACCCGUGCACGGGGUACACCUGUCCCGCCAACUCAGCAUGCUCCAACAUCAAUGGCGUCGCCACGUGCACCUGCAACACUGGUUACCAGAUGGUCAACGGCCAGUGUGUGGUGCCCAACCCGUGCACGGGGUACACCUGUCCCGCCAACUCAACAUGCUCCAAUGUCAAUGGAGUUGCCACGUGCACGUGUAACACUGGUUACCAGAUGGUCAACGGCCAGUGCGUGGUGCCCAACCCGUGCACAGGGUACACCUGUCCCGCCAACUCAGCAUGCAGCAAUGUUAACGGUGUAGCCACGUGCACGUGUAACACUGGUUACCAGAUGGUCAACGGCCAGUGCGUGGUGCCCAACCCGUGCACGGGGUACACCUGUCCCGCCAACUCAGCAUGCUCCAACGUUAAUGGCGUCGCAACGUGCACGUGCAAUACCGGAUACCAGAUGGUCAAUGGCCAGUGUGUCGUGCUCAACCCGUGCACGGGGUACACCUGUCCCGCCAACUCAGCAUGCUCCAACGUCAAUGGCACCGCCACGUGCACGUGCAAUACUGGUUACCAGAUGGUCAAUGGCCAGUGCGUUGUGCCCAACCCCUGCACGGGGUACACCUGUCCCGCCAACUCAGCAUGCUCCAAUGUCAAUGGCACCGCCACGUGCACGUGUAACACUGGUUACCAGAUGGUCAACGGCCAGUGCGUCGUGCCCAACCCCUGCACGGGGUACACCUGUCCCGCCAACUCAGCAUGCUCCAAUGUCAAUGGCACCGCCAUGUGCACGUGCUCUGCCGGUUACCAGAUGACCAACGGCCAGUGCGUUGCAAUCACGGACCCCUGCACAACCACCACGUGUCCAGCCAAGGCCACGUGCAGCAACGUGAAUGGCGUGGCCACGUGUGUGUGCGCCGUGGGCUACACCCUCGUCAGCGGCGCCUGCCAGCCGGCCGCACCCUGCUCGUUGGUGACAUGCCCUGCCAACUGCACGUGCUCCUCCGCCAGCGGCGUCGCCAAGUGCGACUGCCCCAAUGACCUGUGCUACGGGGUGAAGUGCCCCGACGUCUCCAAGUGCACAUUCAUGCUCGGUGCGCCCGUCUGCACGUGCCCUCCGCCCUACACGCGACUCAUCGACAACAAGUGCUCCAACGCAUCGUUGCCUUUCUCGGACUAUCUGGACAACCAGAAUGCGGCCAGGGCGGCAGUGGGCUCCAUCCCCCUCGUCUGGAACGCCUCCCUGGCGGCGGAGGCGCAGGCAUGGGCAACAACGCUGACCAACAGCACGUACAACUGCGGGCUGUCGCACGGGGGCAACCCCGGCGAGGGGCAGAACCUGUCGGGCGGCAGUCCGGCGGGGUAUUACUCGAACGGGGCGGCGGUGAGCUGGUGGGUGGGCGAGGGCGACCUGUACUCGUACGCCGUCUUCUCAGGCGGCUGCAGCACCGGCAACUGGGCUGACUGCGGCCACUACACGCAGGUCAUCUGGAACAACACGCGCACUGUCGGCUGUGGCAAGGCCUCGUGCGGCACGAAAGCAGAUGUGUGGGCGUGCAACUACUACCCUCCCGGCAACUACGGCGGCCAGCUGCCCUACGUGCAAGACCCGUGCUACCGGGUGGCAUGUCCGUCCACAGCAACCUGCACGGUGCGGUUUGGGCAGGCGGUGUGUGUGUGUGGGGCGGGGCAGGUGCUCGUCAACAACGCCACGUGCCAGCCCGACCCCUGCACCACCGCCUCCACCACCUGCCCCGGCAACCUCGUCUGUGACGGCUCCUCCGGCACUGCCCAGUGCGCCUGCCCCACCGGCCUCGUAGCCAUCAGCAACACCACCUGUGUCCCACCGGCGUGUGUGGGGGCGGUGUGUCCGGCGCAGGCGGCAUGUGCGGUGGACGGCAGCGGGUAUCCGUUCUGCCAGUGCCCCGCGGGGUGGUACCUCAGCAGCAACGUGUGUGUGCAGGGCACACCCACAGCCGUCGCAGCCACCAGCCUCGCCAUCUACAACACGGCGUCCUACACCUCCACGGCGCCCGCGCUGGGCCCCACGCUCGUGCGCACGGGGCUGCCCGUCAACUCCUCGCGCGGCAGCUGUGUCGACAUCCCCGGCGGCAUUGCCGCAGCGUCGGUGCGCGUGCUCUGGAACGUGCCCGACAGCACGGGGGCGCUCAAGCAGUCGUGCGGGCUGCUGUGGUUCUGGACCAGCGCCGCCUGCUACGGCUCCGCCACCGGCUACUACCGCCCCGCUGGGGACGUCACCAACUUCGCCACCACAUCGGGCAACGUGGCUCUCGUCAAGGCUGUAGCCUGCGCCAUCUGA